AUGGGUUUUCGAUAUGUUGUGCGACAGGCGAAGCCCGAGGACUGUGGCGAUAUCUUGAGACUGAUCAAAGAACUGCCGAGUAUGAAGGAGAAUCCCGACCAAGUUGUCAAAAACACAGAACAAGGCAGUUUGAUGAGGAGGAACCCCACAGUUAAAGGAACCACGGUGGCGUAUGCCAUGUAUUUCUGUGCAUACAGCACCUGGAUAGGAAAGUUGCUGUACCUAGAAGAUCUGUUUAUUCAGCCAUCACAUAGAGGGAAAGGUUUAGGAAAAGCAAUGGUUUGCAAGGUUGCACAG